UGUGAUGCCUCACCCGAGCGAACAUCAGAUGCGCUGGGCGGACGGCUUCAUCUUCGUCUACAGUAUCUGCGACCGGGACAGUUUCGAGGCGUCUCGGCGGCAGGUGCGGCGGCUCCGCCAAGCCCGGGGCACCGGCCCACCGGCCGUGCUCCUGGGCAACAAGGCGGACCUGUCGCACCGGCGCGCCGUCUCCAGCCAGGAAGCCCGGCUGCUGGCCCUGUCCGCCCGCUGCGGCUUCCUGGAGGUGUCGGCGGCCGAGAACUACCAGGGCGCCCUGCUCGCCUUCCACCGGCUGGUGGGCCAGGCCAGGGCGGCGUCGGCGGCGGCGAGCAGGGCCUCGGCGCUCCGGGGACUGGUGCGGAGCGUCUCCGCUGUGCUGGGCGGGCGGAAGCGGCAGUGGGCCCAGCCUUGGCCAAGGGAAGGGUCUGGUACCUGCUCCUAGGUCCGGACCGCCUUGCCUCCCCGGCCCGGGACCGAUUCCGAAUUCCCCACCCACCCCGGACCCCCGGGCUCGGCGCUGGGACUCAGGAGAGUUGGCCCCGGGGGGGACGCCGAGUCGGAGC